GAGAUGCGAGUGAGGAUGAGAUGAGUGGAGGAGCAGCAGAGGAAGUGGGAGGCACAGUCCGUGGUAGCUGCUCGUAACUCACUGCAACUGUGCGCGCUGUACUGGCAACUGGACUCUGACUGAGCCGCAUCUCAACUCUCCUUUCACGCACAAGUCGGGGUGCUUUUUGUGUUUUUUUUUUCCUCGGCCACGUCUGUGCAUGUCAGCGUUUUCCUUUUACCUGCACUGUGGUCCAAGUUUGUCGGUGCGUCCCUGCCUUUCUGCUGCAAACAGGUUUCAAGAGUGGAAACCCCUGCGCUUCUUCCGCCGCUUGUUUGAAUUGAUUUUCAAAAGCUUGGUAAAGAUGAUGAUCAUAAUCGCGGAGUUCUUCGUGGUCAUUUUGAAGGUGCUCUGGGCUUUUGUAACAGCCGGGGCGAAAUGGGUGGUGCGGCCCAAGGAGAAGAGCGUGGCGGGACAGGUGUGCGUGAUCACCGGGGCUGGAAGCGGCCUCGGGCGGCUCUUCGCCAAGGAGUUCGCCCGGAGACGAGCGAUACUGGUGUUAUGGGACAUAAACAGCCAAAGCAAUGAGGAAACGGCGGAGAUGGUGCGGCAGAUAUACCAUGAGCUGGACACUCCCAUAACCAAAGACGGACCUGUUGGAGGGGUAGAGGAGGUCCCCCCAUUCCAGCCGCAGGUCUACACCUAUGUGUGUGACGUGGGAAAGCGGGAGAGUGUGUAUUCCACGGCUGAGAAGGUGCGUCGAGAGGUGGGAGAGGUAGACAUACUGAUCAACAACGCCGGCGUCGUCUCCGGCCAUCACCUUCUGGAGUGCCCCGAUGAGCUGAUUGAGCGCACCAUGGUGGUCAACUGCCAUGCCCACUUCUGGACCACCAAGGCAUUUCUCCCCAAGAUGCUGGAGCUGAAUCAUGGUCACAUUGUGACGGUUGCCAGCUCCCUGGGUUUAUUCAGCACAGCUGGAGUGGAGGAUUACUGUGCCAGUAAGUUCGGUGCCAUUGGGUUCCACGAGUCACUGAGCCAUGAGCUGAAGGCCUCAGAGAAGGAUGGCAUCAACAUGACUCUGGUGUGCCCUUACCUGGUCGACACGGGAAUGUUCAAAGGCUGCAGGAUAAGGAAGGAGAUCGAGCCCUUCCUGCCUCCGCUGAAGCCAGAGUUCUGUGUGAAACAGGCCAUGAGGGCCAUCCUCACUGACCAGCCCAUGAUCUGUACACCUCGCAUCGUCUAUAUGGUCAACUUCAUGAAAAGCAUCCUGCCCUUCGAGGCCAUCGUGUGCAUGUACCGGUUCCUAGGCGCCGACAAGUGCAUGUACCCCUUCCUAGCUCAGAGAAAGGAGGCCAUGAACAACAACGAGGCGAAGAACGGGAUCUAGGGGGCGCUGUUUGUAACACGAACAGAGGCACAUAAACCUGCAAGCAUGAGGAAACAACCACUGAGGAUGAAAAACGGGGAAGACGGAAGGAAGGAAAGAAGAAAAGACUGAAUCUAGACUGGUGCACUUGCAUUGAGCAAAUGCAAAGGUUUACCAUAUUGUUCCUCUGGAACAAAGAAAGCUGUGUACUACACAAAGGAUUUAUUUGACUUUGUUUUGUCUUUUUUUUUUUUUUUUU